AUGUGCCUGCCCCCCCUCUCCGACACCCUCUCCCUCCCCAAAAUCCUCAAUCUAAACCUCGACUCCUCCUCCCGAUGCUCCUCCCCCUCACCACCACCACGAUUCCACGAUCGCCAUCACCACCACAGCCACCACCAUCACUUCAGCAGACGACGAAGAAGAUCGAAGAGCACAUGCAGCACCUGCAGCGAUACUUCCACAUCCACAUCCACAUCCACUACCACCUCCAUCUCCAUCCGCCCUCCACCGCGAAGCUAUCAUCCCCCUCAACCGUCUCGCAAACCUCCGCCCCCACCUGCACCUCGAGAGCGAGAUACUCACCGAACAAGUCGGACUAAGAUUCGAGACGUCGAGGAGACAUUCAUUCCGCUUCCGCCUGUAAGACCAGUGAGGAUUGCAAGGCCGUGGCCGCGCCCGCCUCCGCCGGUGGUUAUUGAUGUGAGGGAGAGGGAGAGGGAGUACCGUCGGUUGCCGGAUAUGGAGGCGGAGGAGGUGGAGUGUGUGGGGGUUUUUGAACCAGAGGAGGAGCGGGAGAGGGUGGAGGAGAAUCGCAACCUCUCCCACCGAAGGAGAAGCUCAUUGACUGCUCGUCCCCGGUUCCGCUUCUCCACGCUGCGCGGCUUUCAGCAGCCCGAGUUGAGCAAGAAGCUGAACCAGGUCAUCAAGAACGAGAAUGCUGCCAUUGGUGCCCAUGAGAAGGCCAGUCGCGAGCGCGUGUCCAUUGCGUCCCAGCUGUCCGAAUGGGGUGAAUGGACUGACGACGAUGCCGUCGCCGAUAUCACCGACAAGGUGGCUGUCUUGAUGGCUGAGAUCGGCGAGCAGGAGGAUACCUUCGCUCAGUAUCUCGAGGAAUAUCGCAUCGUGCUGAAGCAGAUUCGCGACACGGAGAACUCGGUCCAGCCGUCCCGCGACCAUCGGGCCAAGAUUGCAGAUGAGAUCCAGAAACUCAAGUGGAAGGAGCCACAUAGUCAUAAGAUCGAUACCCUGGAACAGGAGCUAGUCAGGGCGGAGGCUCAGAGUCUUGUUGCCGAGGCGCAGUUGACUAAUGUGACCAGGUCGAAGCUCAAGGAGGCAUUGGAUAUUCACACUGCUGCGGUCAUUGAACGAAACGAGAAACAAAUCUUGCUUGCUCGCCAUGCGCGUCGCGUUUUGGAACUGCUGGACGACACCCCUGUCGUUCCUGGUGACUCUCCCCACGAGUACGAUCGCACAUCUUCUACGAGACAAAUUCUCGAGGAGGCCGAGAAUGAUCUCCGUUCGUGGGAGAGUACCACCGUACCCAUCCAAAGUGCAGCAGGAGAGCUCCCAGACAGUACCCUUCUACCAACUGCUGCCCGUAGAGCUGCCAAUGGUCGCCCAUCAUAUGCGGCUGACACAGCGGUCUCGGACUCUGUGCGGGACGUCAAUGGUUCUGCAGAAGCUUCUUACGUUAAUGGCGCUGGUCCUGAGCGGUAUACAAAUGGCACUGGUGUUGAGCAAUAUGCCAACGGUACUGGCCAGCAGAGAUACGUUAAUGGCACCGGCCAAGAACGUUAUGCCAACGGCACUGGCCAGGAAAGAUAUGUCAAUGGGAACGCCGCGGAGCGACAAGUCAAUGGAACUGGCCGGGAGCAGUAUACUAAUGGUGGCACCACAGGAGCCUAUGCCAAUGGAGGCACUGCGCGAUAUGUCGAGGGAGUCGCGCCGGAGGAGUAUGAGGAUCGAAGUGCCACAGAAGAAUACGCUGGCCGUGCUCAGGAACAGAGCGCCACCGGUUUUGCUGAGCAGCAGUAUACCAGUCGUGCUCAAGAGCCGGUGGCCGCCAGUGCUGGCGAGGAGCGAUACCCCGGUCGUCCACUAGGGCAGGUCUUCACCAGCGCUGCUGAUGAGCGGUAUGCCACUGGUGGCACAGAGGGACCAUCAGUCCCCGCUAUUGAGGAACAGACCACUCCUGCUGCUGCACAGGACCUAUACUCCAGCCAGACAGGCCGGGAUCAGGUGGUAGAUGGUUCUGUCCCGGAGGAAACUCUGAAAACACAGGGCGAAGAGGAAGUGCCACGACCACCAGAUCCACGACUCUCAUACACCUCGCGAGGCUCAGAAGCUCCGCAAAUAAUCAGCCCUGUCCCGGUGCAGGCUCAGCCCGUGGCAGUCCCCAUCUGA